AUGAUUUGGACUAACUGUAUUUUUGCUCUACUUAUUCUUCUGGCCACCAUAGUAUUAACAGAGGCCGACUCUAUAAAUUUUGGACCUAAAGAAAAAGAUCCAAGCCUUCCCAUGUACCAUGCGAUGGCAGUGGAUUCUUUGAACCAAUAUGAAGAACAAAACGAAUUGAGCAAUCACCAUGUCGUCUUAAAAGUAAUAAAAGUGACGAAACAAGUCGUAGCUGGAACUUUAACCACUAUAGACUUCUACGCAGGAAAAACAGUGUGUAGAUCUGUCUUGUAUGAAUUGGUCCAUGAGAAUUGUCCACUAGACACUCUAUCCCCCAUGUUGCUCUGUCAAUCACAGUUGUGGUCCAGACCAUGGCUCAACAAGAGAGAGAUCACCAUCAAGUGUAAUAAUGCUAGUACUUAA